GAGAAUUCCCCAAGUGGUCACCUCUGAACUGAGUUGAUCCUCUCCCGUUUAAAGGUCUGUCUUGUCAUACUGUCUGCAACGAAUCAUCUCGCGUGAAGUUUCACAUUUGAGUACGCAAUGUCGGACGAACAGAUGGUUGUGUGUCUCCCACUGCCUAUCGCACUAGAAUAAGGCCAUUUCAUGAGUUUCGAAGACUGCAGGACAUGAAAUCAACUAUUGCUGUAAAAAAGAACCUUUGAAUGCAUUCAUUCUUGUUUUUAAAAACAUAGGCAAUUUGUCUGUGUCCUUCCUGCCUAGGAGCAAUUUGGCUUUGCAUGCAUUGCAAUAUAUGGAAGAUUUAUUGUAAUGAAAGCUGAAUAAGCAGACAGGAAAACGGUUAAAAGCGAUUCUCCUGUACUGGCGGUAUGUUCGCGCCGAUCUCAUCCGAAUAAUCAAUUCUCUCGAUCAAGAAUAGAAGUAAUGCUAAGAUAGUAAAUGGCAUUGACCUAAGACCCGACGUCGAUAGUCACUGCUUCUCAAAUGACCAUUAAGGAGGCUGUUCUCACUUCAAUCAUGCAUGGCCUUCAUGGAUUAGAUGCACCACAAGGCUAAGGGAGCGUGCUGCGCCCAGAUAGUAUGGUGAUAUCCUUCUUAAUACUUGAAAACGUUCUUUUCCUCCACCUCGGUGUAAAGCCCAAUUCCAUCAAUUCUACGGCUCUCUCGCAAUGGCAGCUCCUGCAGCAGUAUCUGCCAACGCUCAUGACCCAUGGCUCAUUGCAAAGGAUCGCUUUAUCGAUCAACUCGAUCCUGCAGAGCGGGCACUAUUCAAUGAGGCUACACCAGAAAAUCUUUACUACAAAUCUAGCAACAUCCAGAAGGCCGAUCAGAAAACCAGCAAAACUCGAGCGAUUUUGAGGUCUCUCGAGCCUUUGACGAAAUCCAUACAAGAGUAUGGUGCGGCGAUGGAUACUUUCACUAAUAUUGCCCCAUUAUACCUCGCUCCAAUAUGGGGAAGCAUUCGUGUUAUACUUGUCCUGGCUAGCAGCCACGGAAAAUUUUACGAUCGAAUAAUAGAAACUUUUGCUCGCGUGGGAGAUACACUUCCAAGAUUGCGCGACUACCAGGCAAUUUUUGACCAGCAGAAACAUCCAAAAUUCACGCAGACAUUGUCAGCAGCAUACCUCGACAUAAUUGUUCUUUGUUUAAACUUCAAAUCCAUAUUGACCGGGCAAAAAUCUUCCUUCGUGAAGCGUUUGAGAUCUCCCUUGUCCACAUCUCUUGGAGAGCAACUUGACAAUGCUGUGCAAACAUUUAAAGAGCACCGUAAAGCGGUGGAUAGCGAAGCUAAAAUUUGCCAUUUUAUCGAAGCGAAGGAGUCUAGAGAACUUGAAUUGAGAGAAAGAAUGAGGAGCAAAGAGCAAGAACGAAAAGACAGACAACGAAGGAUCAUUUCCCAAAUGGCCACAGUUGAUUGCAGAAACAGGCAUCGUCGACUGCAGAAUAUACGGCAUCAUGGGACUGGGAGCUGGCUAGCCAGUGUGGCCGACUACAGGAAUUGGAGAACCCAGAAUAAAUCUUCUAUUAUGUCAUGUUAUGGCAUUCCUGGAUCGGGCAAAUCGGUCUUAGUUUCAAGCCUAAUAGACGGCUUCAAAAUGGAAUUUGCUGCCAAUAUUGCCGUUUCCUAUUAUUAUUGCGACUAUGCCGACAAGAGAACACUUUCCCCGAGUGGCCUUUUUAGUUUUAUCUCUCAGAACUUGUUUGGUGAUAUGAAUGAAAUUCCUGAAGCUUUGAUAGCCAUUCUCGAGGCUGAUUAUCCAGACGAGACAACGUCACCUAGCCUAGAUCAAAUAGUCGCUUUGUUGAUAAAGGCGAUAGAUGAGCUCUCAAGUGUGGUUAUGUUUAUUGAUGGUCUAGACGAACUGCCUGAGUCAGAUCGGAAGCUUACUUUCUCAAUCUUGAGAAAGAUCCUCAAUGAGGUAAAAUCGCCAGUCAAAUUAUUUGUUUCCAGUCGCGAGGAUGUUACUUAUCUUUUUCAAUCUUUAUCCGGUAUCACCACUUUUAAAGUGCACCUUCAAACGAAUUCUAUCUCUCCAGAUAUCGAGGCGUAUAUCAGACAUGAAAUCGAUAAGCUGAUCAUGACUGGGUACUUAGUGCUGGGUAACUUGGCUCUCAAAGAGGAUAUUCUCAAUGUUCUCAGGGAUGGUGCAAAAGGAAUGUUUCUUUGGGUCCAGUUUCAGCUUGAAGAACUCUGUCGUAUGGAAACGGAUGCAACGAUAGUAAAAGCUCUACAGAAUCUUCCUCGCAAUCUUGAGGAGACUUAUGACCGACUUCUUGGACGAAUUAUUGGGAUCGAAAGGCGUGAAUUUGUGAGAAGAAUGUUUGAUUGGAUUAUUUGUUCAUGUAGACCAUUGCACAUGGAUGAGCUCCGAGAAGCCAUAGCUUUCACCAUCGGGGAUAGAUCAUGGGAUGCUACGAAAAUACCCAAUGACCUUCGAAGAUUGAUUAGAGCUUGUGGAAAUCUUAUUAUGAUCGAUGAAGAAACCCUAGAAGUGCAUCUUGCACACUACACAGUUGAACAGUAUAUCCUCCAUUCGCAAAGUUCCGAGUUAGCAUACUUUCACACCACAAGGGAAGCGUCGAAUAGAGCACUGGGCGCAACAUGUGUGACUUAUUUGUCUUUCACUGAUCUCGAAGCACAAGUCACAGUAUACCACAAUACCAUCAGUCCAAACAUGACGGCCUUACAGGACGCCGUUACCACCCAGUCUCUGAUACUGAAGGCUUCACAGUCAUCAAAUAUACCAGCCAAAGUCGCCAAAGCUGCUUUAAUGUUGCAAAGACACAAGAAGGACCAAGAAACUAGUAUCGAUUAUUCUCGGCAUAUUCAAAUUCGAAAAAGCGGAACGGCCGACCGGCAGUUUCUCGACAAGUAUCGGUUGAUCGAUUAUUUGAAAGACAAUUGGCUUUCGCACACUAAAGAUUUCACAGAGGUGAUUGAGAGUGACCUAAGAGAAUUGUUCAAAAAUCUCCUCUUUAACAAAAAACUCGUCUGUUCUGUCAAGCCCUGGGAGAAGCUUUCCAUCAGGGAUUGUCCCGAGAUUGCGCCUCUGUGUUGGGCUAUGAACGAAAACCACCUGCCUUUACUCAAGGAAGUUCUAGCAAAUAACCCGUGGGCUUGUGAUUACAUUAGUGAAGCAUGUUUACAGUUCUGGAACACCAUAGAAUAUCGCGAAGUGAAUGGAAGGCGACGAGGGAUUGACAUAUCAGAUGAAAGUCUCAAGAUAUUGAAACAUCGCUCUCUUGAAAAUGCGUCUUCGAAGACAGAAUGUCUUUUCUGGAUCUAUAAUCAGAUGUUAAUCGCCUGUCGACAAGGAAACCGUGGAAUUCUCAAUAUCUGCAUUGAGUGUAUUGAUAAAUAUUUAACACCCGACUUUGUUGGGACUAGGUUGCUUCCAACAUUGCGUUCACUUGUGCUCUCGCAUCUACAAUUGGAAGCAACCAUUCACGGUCAUCUCAAGCUCGUUGAAAGUUUCCAGACCGAUACGCGUUUUCACCCAUGGAUAUCUUACGAGUACAGUGGGACUUAUUUCAAUUGCUUGGAACGAGCAAUAACUCUUCCUUGUGAUGAAAUAACCGAUUACUUGUUGACUAAAUGGUGUCCGGUGUCGUACAGAGCUAAACUUGUUGUUAUUCAAACCAGGGAUCUACAAGCUGUUGUUGAGUCCGGCAGUCCUAUAAUGUUGAAACGCCUUUUUGAGUUUCUGAAUAAGAGUGGUGACGUAGAUUAUAGAUCGCAUUCAUUUUUCGGAUCUAAUGACCAAUAUUAUCAGCAAAAGGUCAGACAUUACCGGAAUAAUGCUAUCAUUACUGCAGCCUCGUCUAGUCUUUGCAGUCCUUUUAACACGAUAUUUGAGCAUCAGUCCACAACUUCUUUUUACGAACAUAUCAUUGACAGAAACGUCGCCUUUCUGGCAGCUAUAAAUUUCUCUCAACUUUGUAUUAUCGAGCAUAUGCUUUUCACUGAUUUCUGUAGUCAUCAUUACUACUGGCUCGACCCAAUACCUGCUGAAGUCUAUGAUCAGAGCUCAAAUGGCGAAUCUAUUUUCGAGUAUGUCGUCGGAGCGCAAAUCCCGGAAGAAUUUAGGCUCUUGGUCAUUAAAGCAAUAUGUGAUGCUAGUGAGACAGCUGAUCAAAUUUCAAGCGUAUCUAGCUUCGAACGAUCAGAUUGGAUUUUGACAGAGGCAAUUGCCAAAAACAAGCCUGAAAGAGUCAUUUUUCUGGGAGGCCGGAAGCUAUUCGAUAGAAGAUACGAAUAUGCAGCUCGAGACUUGUCAGACAUCCCACAGGAAAUUGGAGAGUAUCUCUGGCCACAUAGCAAUGGCCAUACGAAGUCUAAAGCAGCCGUUCCGUUGGUAUGGGCUGUUAUUUGCAAUCGACCCCAGGUUGUGGAGGCCCUACUUUUGGAGCCCCUUCCCAAUAAUUUUUACGACAUACUUGAGGUUGCCACGACAUGCGCUAUUAUGAUGGAUUCUGUAGAAAUGUUUUCGCUACUAGAGGAAGUUCGAAUUUCUGGUGAUGACCCGACGAAAGUUGCAUGGGGAUGCAGAACAAAUUUCUUUGCCAAAGGCGAUCUAUUCGAUCGAGCCUUAGCACGGGGCAAGUAUCAUCAGUCAAAAUCUUAUUCCAAUGUUGCCUGCUAUAUAGAUUCUUGGGUUCUUUGGCAUUGGAGAGGCAAGAGCCCGGAUUCCACAGAAAUAUUACGGGAACAUCUCAAAAGAGCAACACCCACAGAGAGAAAUGAAGUUCGAAUAGAAAACUAUUUCGAGUUGCCCGUAUCUAAUGAAACAAUCAGCAUUCUUCCUGGCAAAAGGUCACAUUACCUCUCGGAACCCGGCCCCAGUCGGAUCAGGAAUCUCUGUUUUUAUAUGGAGGGCGAAUACACAUUUUUGAAGAAUAAGGUACGACAAUCCACGGAACCACAAUCUGUAAUAGAUCAAGCAUAUCCGCCGCCUCUAGAUGAUGCGCUAUUUAUGAAUCCACGUUCGCCGCCACGUCCGAAAAAAUCUGCUACUUCCUCUGCCUCUUCCCCCCUCCCGAGUCUUUCACCAAAUUAAUCACAAUGAUCACGUAUUAGCGCAGUGGUAGGUUAAUGUUUGCCUCGGUAUUUAUAUCAAAGUUUCUGCCCUUUUCGACGUAAAUGUAUCCAUUGUUUCA